AUGAUACCAACGGUUUCCUCAGAAAUGUGCUCUCCGGUUGAACAAACACUCUAUAAAGGUUUAGGCUUCAGCGCAUUUGUUCAGCGUCUAUUGGAUAAACGUUGCGUUGCUUUUGUCGGUGAUAGGGAUUCGUAUUUACUAAUUACGGGCCAAUGUGGAGAUGGUUACAGUGAUUAUCCACUUAUUGGGAAGCCAAAUGAAAAAGAACCACUGACGCUUGAGAAUUGUAUUUCCUACAAUGAAAUUAAGCUUUCAGCUUUUCUCUCGAUUUCAUCUUCUACGGAACUUUUAAAUGAUGGUAAUCGUUACAAUGUAGCUGAAUUUGAGAAAGAUUUGAAUAAAAUAGAACGACAGGGAAUAGUGGUGGGUCUAAUUGGCGCACGCUUCGAAAGACCCCCCUAUAUGGAGUGUGAAGAUAUAAUCAUCUCAUCCGAACAAAAUACAAAAGAAAAUGGUUAUGGCUUUGAUGCCAACAACACCACAGUCGCAGAACAUUCAAAUUCCCAUACUGAAUAUCGUAAAUUAUGGCAACAGUUCUAUCAAGAAAGAGAUUUCCUUUAUGAUAAUACCGUGGUGGACGACAAUCCCAGAUUCUACCGGUGUUCAUCGCAGGAAAUAUUCGACAAUGUUUUAAUGAAAAAACGUUAUGCCAUCUCGUUUGAUACCCUACUCAUGGAGGCUCAAAGUCGAGCAGAGAAAUGUCAACAGCAUGCCUAUAUCCAUAUUGUGGGCAUCGGACUGGGUGUGUGGAAGAAAGUGUCCCAUCAAAAUAAAAUAUUUUUAGAAACGUUUUCACAAAGGGUGCACCAUUUAUUGCCUAAACUAAAUAAUAUUGGAGCAUUGCAUUUCUCGUGGUUCCAUAUGAAUGAAUGGCAUGAUCUGAAGGACAAGGGCUUUAUAAAAUCAGCCUCGCAUCCCUUAGGUGGCAUUCACGUUUUCAUGCAUAAUCGCAAUCCGGCUGACAAAUUGCAAGACUCAUUUGAAAAUAUGUUAUUGGUGAUAUCCUAUGCAUGGGAUGGUAAUGCAUUACCUGGCAAUGAAUUUUGGUUUGGAUCCUUAUCUGGAUCUAAUGAUCCGUCGACUGCUUGCAGUACUCUGAUCACCGAGCUGCACAAUCCGCACAUUAAUACCCAAUGGAAUCAUUUCUUCUUUGAAGAAGAAAGUAGAAACUAUGCUGUUACUAGCAAUGAAAAUAUGAUUUUUUCUUUGAAUUUCACAAUUACACCUCUUAUUGGAAACCCCACUCAUAUCAUAUUUCCACCCAUUUUAGGUCAUCCCAAGGAAAGGGAACUUUAUACCAACAUGUCCUUAACUGAGUUCAUACAACGGUUAUUAUCAAAGCGUUGUGUUUCAUUCGUGGGCCACAUGGAUGCUUAUUUGCUGAUCAGUGGUGCAACUGGGCACGGUGAUAGCUACUUCAAUGUAGGCACCAACAAAGAAAAGAAACCAUUAACCCUCAAUAACUGUUUGUCUUAUGAUGAAGUGAAGCUCUCUGCAUUUCUUUCAAUUUCGUCAUACAGCGAACUUAUUAAUAAUGGCAAUCGUAAAAACCAUGCAGUAAUUGAAACAGAUUUCAAUAAAAUUGAACGCGAAGCUGUGAUCAUAGGUUUGGUAGGCGCUCGUUUCCAAAGACCCUUUGUUAUGGACUAUCAGGACAUAGUGAUAAGCCCCCAACAAAAUACCAUGACAAAUGGUUAUGGCCAGCCAAAAAGCUUAACUCUGUGGAAUUCUAUAAAAUACAAUUUAUUUUCGAACAAAAGUCGUAGAGAAAAACGUAAAUUGUGGGAAAAGUUCUAUGAAGAACCCUCAUUACUCUAUCAUCAAGUUGUGAAAGACCAUAAAAGAUUCGGCGAUGUUGUUAGACCCGGAUCCCAAGAAAUUUUCGAUAGUGUGGUUAUGAAAAAACGUUACAGCUUGGCAUUUGAUGUGCUCUUAAUGGAGGCCCAAUCUCGAGCUGCCAUUGAAAAUAAGCAGGCCUAUGUGCAUAUUGUGGGUAUAGGGUUGGGUACCUGGCGAAUUGCCCAACAACAAACCCACAUUUUUAUGGAAACAUUUGAACAACGAGUCCACUAUUUAUUAACAAAACUUGAUAACAUUGGGGUGUUGCAUUUCUCCUGGUUUGACAUCGACGAAUGGGGUGAUCUAAAGAACAAUUCCAUAAUUUCAUCUAAAUCGCAUCCUUUGGGUGGUAUACGUGUAUUUAUUGAUAAUCGCAAUCCGGGCGAUAAACUUCAGGGAACUAAAUUUGAAAAUAUGUUGCUGGUAAUCUCAUAUGCUUGGGAUGGCAAUGCCUUACCGGGUAAUGAGUUUUGGUUGCAACAUUUGUCGGGUUCCAGUGAUUCGGCCACGGCCAGCAGUACCAUAAUUAGUGAAUUACAUAAUCCAUUUAUCAACACCAAAUGGGUAUGCAGUGAAAAUCUACAGAUAAGCACAUUCGACCAUCCAAGGCAUUUCAGUCUCUGUUUUGUAUUUCUACUCUCCAUAAUGUCCGAAUUUGGCGAGGAGUUCGAAAAGAAUUGGCCUCCCUUUGGCAUAAAUCGAAAGCUGACAAAGUUCGGUAAUAAACUCAUAGAAAAAUUGCGUUCAAUAGAGAAGCCACAAACAACAAAUGUUGAUGUUGCAGAAUUUAUAAACAAAUCAUCCGAUUUCCCCAUAGAUUUUCCCAUUGAAAGCUGCCGCAUUAAGUCCCGGCCGAAAGAACGCUAUCCAAUCGUACAGCAACAGAUUGUUUCCGCUUAUCCGCUGAUACAUGAAAAAGUUCUUAUUUUGAUAAUAGAUUUUUUGGAGCAUAAACUAAAAUAUGGUUCUCAAAUGGAAAAACGUCUUUACAAAGGCAUGACAAUAACGGAAUUUAUACAACGACUCUUAACCAAAAGAUGUGUCAGUUUUUAUGGUGAAGAUGAUGAUUAUUUACUUUUGGAUGCCAAUACAGGAUAUGGACCGAAUUAUAAAAAGAUCGGAAGCAAAGAUGAAAUAACUCCAUUAGUUUUAAAGAAUGUGCUAAGCUAUGAUGAAAUUAAGAUUUCCGCCCUACUUUCAGUUUCCUCAUACAGUGAUUUCAUUAACGAUGGAAACCGCACAAAUUGUGGCAAACCCAUCGAUGAUUUAACAAAAAUCGAACGUGACGGUGUUGUAUUGGGCAUUAUUGGUGCCAGAUUUGAACGUCGAGAAGUAAUGGAAUUUCAGGAUAUAAUUAUAUCGGAGAAUCAAAAUAUUCUAAAAAAUGGUUAUGGUCAGAAAAGUUUUGAAAUGAAACCACAAAGAAAAUCUCUAAAUCCUUGGAAAAAAAUCAAUGAAUUGGAGAAAUUACAAGAUUAUCGUCGUAUAUGGAAUACAUUUUAUGAAGAAUACGAUCAUCUCUACGAAGAAGUCGUAAAGGAGAAUAAUCCACGCAUUGGCAAUUCGUUGAAUUGUUUGCUAAAAUUUGACAAUUUAAUGAUGAAGAAACGCUAUGCCAUCGCCUUUGACAUGUUAUUGUUGGAGUCGGAGAAUCGCGCCAAAUUAGCGGGAAAAUUAGCCUACAUACAUGUGGUGGGAUUUGGUUUGGGUGUGUGGCGAGCUGCUGCCCAACAGGAGAAAAUCUUUUUCGAAACUUUUAGCCAACGUUUAAAAGAGUUAUUACCCAAAUUGAAUAGCAUUGGGGUUGUUCAUUUUGCCUGGUUCAAUUUAAAUGAAUGGAAAGAUUUGAAAAAUGGUGGAUUCUUGAAAUCGGAUUGCCAUCCUCGCGGUGGCAUUAAAACGUUCCUAUCAAAACGGAAUCCCAAUGAUAAACUGGUAAAAUAUUUUUAGGAAUCUCCUGAUUAUGACAAUAUGUUGUUGAUAGUUUCCUAUGCCUGGGAUGGCAAUGCCUUGCCAGGCAAUGAAUUUUGGGUGAGAAAACUUGCCGCCUCCAAUGAUCCCUCCACGGCUUGUAGUACUUUAAUAAGUGAGCUGCAUAAUCCCCACAUUAAUACGGAAUUUGUAUGUGGUAAUAAUUUACAUGUUGCCAGCGCCGAACAUGGGAUUUUGCAUGUUAAGGAUUAUGUAGAUAAAUAUCUACGUUCUAAUACAUAA